CAGAGAGAGGAGGUGAAGGGGGGGAGAGAGAGAGGGUAAUGAAAAUGAUGGCGACCGAUGCAGAGGAGAUAAGAAUCCAAACAAGCCCCUGUCCCAUCCCCGACAACAGUCUCAGCACUCUGUCCAUCAAAAUCACGCGGAAAAACCAGGAUAAACACUGGAAGUUGCGCUUUAUUUACCUGCAGUGCUAUUUCUUGACCAUUGCAACGAUACUGGGAACUGGAAUCUUAGGUCUUCCAGUAACGAUAGCCCAUGCUGGACUGGUGCCUUUCCUUGUCUCCUUUCUUGUUGGCUUCUUUGUCCAGGCCUUGCUUAUCUACUUGUUUGUGGAACUUCUUCAGAAAUGUCAGGUGAUGCAGCUAGAAUCUCUAAAGACAGGUGUGGCAGAGUGUAUUGUGAUGGAUCAGGUGGGUGUGGAGGAUCAAGCCCCCACAGAGGAAGAGGAGGAGGAUGAUGGUGAAAAUGCAGAAGCAGAUACAAGUUUACUACAGCAGGAUGCAACAGCUCUACACAAUCAAGCUGAGAGCCUGCAGCCCAACCUUCAUCUGCUCGGCUACCUCUUCCUCUCCCGGCCUAUGAGCCACGCCUUCAACUGCAUCCUCCUCUUCCAGUUCAUUUCUAUUGGAAUUAGUUAUGUCUUAGCUGGCAGUGAGGCCUACGCUGCUAUUCUUAAUGUCAGACACAUCUAUGUGAUCCCAGCCUUCACCUGGAUUCUAACUCUUGCUAUCUUACUGGCCCACACAGUCAUCCAGCCAAUCACUUCACUGCUUACCCUGCUGAAAGGAAUCCUGCUCAUUGUCACGGUGGCUGUGACAUUUGCCGUAGGUUCAGAGGUUGGCCUUCAGAGCAGCAGUGACUUCAGUCAGAUGGGGAAACCUUUCCUAAUGGGCACAGUGGCUCUGGGAGGGAUUGUAAACGUGAUGCCUCUGCUCUUCUCACAGAUCUCACACAACAGAACACAGAUCCUGUGGUUUCGGAGAGCAGUGCUUGGAGGUCUGACAACCUGCACUGUGCUCAACAUCCUCUGGUGCUGGGCAGUGCUGGAAAUCGUGCCCCAAACAUCGAUACCAGAGAGGCGGCUGGCAGCUGAGACAACAACCCAGCCCGACCCUGCCAGCCUGUUUGGUCCUCCUCCCUCUGUCUCCCCUCUGCAGUACUCCAACAUCUCACUAGAAGAGUGA